AUGUAAAAGGAUAAAUGCGUUUAUCAAAUCAGUUUGGCUUUAUACAUAGGGCCAUACAGCAUGCAGAACCUGUGUAAUGACAUUCCCGGGAACCAUACCUAGUAGUGCCCAGGGGUGGACUGACCAUUUGGAAACCCGGGCACUGCCCGAGGGCCCGGGAUGCCCCUGGUACCAUUUUCGUAGGCUUUUUUGAGUUUGGGCAAGGACACAGGGGCCCCAUGAUUCCCUAUUGCCUGGGGG